CAGCUACAAAACACGAACGCUGCGCGCGCCUCGUGCAUUUUCCAUUGACUUCCGAUUACUUAAGAAAUCGUAACUUUUCGCUACAUCUGUGACUUGAUUUCGCGCUUUUCCCUGCGACCCUAAACCGACCCUGCCAGAAAAUGCACAAAAUGGGCAAACUGAAGUGUUUUGAGAUAGUACUCAGUGAUAAUAAGACGGUGUUCCACCCAGGUGGGAAGAUAAUGGGAAAGGUGAUCGUGGAACUGAAAGGAGAUAUGAAAAUGAGGUCAUUGCGGAUAUUCAUGCGCGGUGUUGCUAAGGUACACUGGACCGAGUCGCGAAGCACGGGCAGUCGCCUGGGCUCAUACACGGAGCACUACAACGCUGAGGUGGAAUAUUUCUUUAAGCGACAGGUGCUUUUUGGGGGAGAGGUGUCUGAAGGACGUGACACUCUCACAGAGGGGAGACAUGAGUUCAACUUCCAGUUCGAUCUGCCCCUUGGGUAUGACCAGGGCAUAGCAACGUCUUUCGAAGGAAAGCAUGGGAGCAUCCGAUACUGGCUGAAGGCAGAAAUGGACAAACCAUGGUCAUUCAACACAAAAACAAAGAAAGCAUUCACGGUUAUAAGUCCAAUAGACAUUAACAGACCUGAAUACCAGGUGUGUGUGGAAAGCAGUGUAGAGAAGACCCUGUGUUGCUGGCUGUUCACAUCAGGGCCCAUCUCUAUCACAGCCCGCACUGACAGGAAAGGCUACUGUCCAGGAGAAUCCAUUGCUAUUAGUGCAGAGUUUGACAAUCUGUCCAAGCGAACAGUGAUCCCAUAUGCCGCAUUGUACCAGACACAGUCCUUUUUGGCCAGUGGCAAAGCUCGCGUUAGAAAAACAAAGUUCACAGUGCUAACAGGGUUACCAGUUGGGCCAGGCACCCGAGGUAACUGGGACUCCCAGUUGCUGAAGAUACCACCUGUGUCACCCUCCAUUGUGAAUUGCUGUGUGAUGAAAGUCGACUACUUUGUAAAGGUGGCAUUGCACAUACCGGGUGCCUACAACCUCACCAUUCACCUGCCCAUCAUCAUUGGCACGGUGCCCUACCGUCGAGGGCCCGUCAACUACAUGAACUCACACUACUACCGUGAGACACAGGCUCAAUACAUGAGCAGCUUUCUUACAGUGCCAAACCCACCACCUUACAGGGAGUCCAUCACACCACCACCACCAUUUGAAGACCCGCCUACUUACGUGGAGAGUGUUGGGGGAGCCGUUAGCCUGUGGGAUGAUGACGAUGAUGACAACGGCCCAGAGAGCAACAUGGGGGACCUGACAUACACGCCCAUGUACACCUACGUGUACAACUACAGACCGCCACCUAGGUACUCAGAUGGCGAGCAGGAUGACACCAACCACAUCGUAUUUUCACACAUUGACUUCUAUCAAAAUCACGCAACCUCCUGAUGAAGGCAAUGGCCGGUCACAUGACCUUUUUACAAAACGGCCUAAUUAGAAGCAAGGUGCCAUGUCAAACAAGAUUGAAAUGGCUUCAAUGCAGUUUGCAUCUACAUAAUUGGGGGUCAAGAGAUGGUUUUCAAAGCCAAGUUGACGAAGGAUUUUUGUCUAAGAUAGCAACUGUUGGCAGUUCUUUUAGAGUGUUGACAGAUAGUAGGUAUAGCUUUUUUUUGCUACAGGUUCUGGAAGCAUGUGUUCAUAUGCCAGCUCAUCAUAGCGAGUCAGUGCGGCUAUCUUAAUGUUUUUGUGCCAGUAUGGCAAGGGAUUGGUGCCGAUGUUUUUUCACAUAGGGCUCCAUGAAGACUGUGAUGCGUAUUUUAUUGUGACUUGAACUGUCAAUGACGAUACUUGGUACUUGUCAACAUUUUCGUGUUUUUACAAAUAGUUUAUUAGUAUAUUAUUGAAGUUAUACAUCUGUGGCAAAAAAAAUAAAUUGUUUCCACAUGUCAAAUAUAAUCCUCUUUAACAAAUUUUCCUCGAUCUUUUCAACAUAAAAAUAAAGUGUUUUGUUUUGAAAAUUGUACACACAAUACUUGUAUAUACAUGUUGUAAUUAAUGUUUUAAUGUAAUUUUAUGUGCACUUAAAUACAUGUACUACUUAAACAUCCAAUAUUUUAAAACAUCCCUUAUCUUAAAUUUUCAAAUUUUAUUAUAAUAUUAUCCGUUUAAUAAUUAAAAUUUUGCUAAUGAAUAAUAAAAGCAAUCGAUGAAUUUCGCCGUCCACACACAGUUGUUCAUUGAUAUAAAGUACAAUUAUUUUUACUAUUUGUUACAUUAAGUAACAUUGACAUGUUCAUCUUGUUUUGGUGUUAGUUUUAUUAUACAAUAACAAAACCAGUCAGAACAGUAGAUUACAAUGUAUCGCCAGUGAGGAACUAGCUUGCAAAAUUGUUUCACUUUGGAUUGAAACAACUAUGACGGUUCAUUACUAUCAGCUGCUUGUGCAGACUAUUUCUUCCAACCAGCAGUGAUGUACCUGAUUGCAGCCAGUUCUUUGAGAGAUACAGAUUCAUAAUUGUCUUCGGCUAAUAAUCCCGAACCAAUUGUAUACUUACUGCUUUUACUUAUAUACUUCCAAAGUGGUUAGUACCAAGGUUAAUUUAUGCCAUUAAAGAAUUUUUUUUUAUUGUGGAAAGAAUCUUAAGAAAAGUUUAAAAUUCAUAUAAACUUUGUUCCGUAUAAUUAAUAAUUUAAGGAUUUCUUAAUUAUUAAGUCUUUCUCAGAAUAGUUGGUAAAUACAGGCUGAGACAUUCACUCAUCUAGUUUUAAUGCUAAUAAAAGUUUGCACUAAAAUUAAUUCCCAAGACUUAAAAUGUAUGUCAUUGAAUACAUUUUAAAAAUUUUGAGCUUAGAAAAGAUAAUAGAUCACCAGAGCUGAAAAUAUAUUUAAAACAUUAAAAUCUGAAACAGCAAAUGUCGGGGGUAAUUAUUUUGCUUAUUACAUUGUAGUGGUCCUUUACUAAAUUUGCUUGUUUUCUUUAUGUUUAAAGUAAGGAAUAUACAAAUCUUUGAAACAGUAAGGCUAAGAGGUUGGUUAUUUGGCAUGUUAAAUAGUAUGAUGGUUCUUAUCAAAGUCUUUUCAAAUCAUACCCUGGGAGUCAAACGUUUUAUUUAGGUUAUGGAGCUAAAUAAAAUUGGAAAAACCACAAGAAAGACAGCUUUGUAAUUUAGUAUGUGACUUCAGAUAAUAGUACUCUACGAUGAUUGUUCAAACUACGCAACCUUAUAUUAAGAUAUAUUAAAAAACUUUUGAAAUCUUCUCUUCCAUGGCAAUAGUCAGGGAUUAAAUAUUUAAUAUGUAACAAAUCAUGCCCAUGCAGUCAGAACUUAUUUGGUAUGAGAAACAGAUUGUCCCUGGGUCCCAAACUGGCCAUGUUAAAUUACACGCAUGAGCGAUCUAGGGCCAUCGUGGCCCGCUUGUACCAAUUUUUUUUGGGGAUGCAGACUGUAUACACCUUCAUGACUUUCCCGUAUAUAUUUGUUAUAAACAUAUUGUCUUACAACAUAUUUAUGUACAGCGGAUUAAUAUAUUUGUAAUAAACAUAUUGUUUUAUUUAGGUAUUUCCAGCAUUUUAUGUCAUAUAAUGAUGGUGUAUGAAAUUCACUGAUUUUAUGAAGUUGUUUGUAAUACAUCUUUUUUUAUAAUAAAAUGUUAAUUUGCU